GAGAUGCUCCACUGAUGGUAAACUACGCUCUUCUGUCACAGCAGGCCACAGUUCUCCGAUCUCGCUCUAGCCCCACCUACUUUCGACACGGUGUAUUGGAGAUGAUCCAGUGGCUGUUGUGCUCCAAACAUCUCUUUGUGCUGCGCCCUGAUUCCCCCCUGAUCCCCGGCUACUGCUGGCCCUUCGCUGGAGACAAAGGACACCUUCACAUCCAACUGGCCCAGAACAUCCAAAUUACCCACGUGACACUGGGGCACAUCACCAAGACCCAAUCGCCAACCGGGGAGACCACAUCGGCACCCAAGCACUUCGCUGUCUACGGGAAGAUGACGUUGGAUGGAACGGAGCAACUACUCGGACGAUUUUUCUACGACACGGGGGAACCGGGUUUCCAAACGUUUGCGAUUUCAGGACGGAAAGGUGUAUCUUUUAAACAUGUACGACUGCAGGUGGAGUCCAACUGGGGCAACACGGAAUACACCUGUCUGUACAAUUUUAAGGUGCACGGAACACCUGCGCCCCCUGUCGGCCAAGUCACGCCCCCUCAACAAGGACAGUGUCAUUGAUAAUACUUUAUCAGAACUGAUCUUGAACAGAGUGGACCGGUUGGCUUUGUGGAAAGAGGUCAGGAGAUCCACUGUUUGUCUCAAAAUCAGCAUGAUGAGUAUUGAAACUUCCUCCCGACCAGUUGGAAUCUGUAGAAAGAAAUUGGAAGUUUGUCUAAAUGACAUUUCUUGGGCAAUUUGAGGUUUAAAGGACGACAGUAACGACAGGUGAACCAAAGAAAUACACAGGGGUUUUUGGUGCCACUGUUACUGUAGCGUCGUACGGCUAAAUCUCCAACAGGAAUAGUGUAACUUACACUGUCUACUGAAGUUUAUAUCUCAGUAGAUAUGAGUGUAAAUGUUUCCAAAUUUGUCAAAAGAACAGUAGGCUCCGGUUAAACCCACGUGUAUAUGAGGGCUGUUCUGUCUAUCCUCUCCCCUGAGUCUUCCACAGCAACCAUGAUGGUGACCUUUCACCCCCCAGGAGACGCACAGGAGGCCAACGUUGGAUCAGUUAAUCUGAGAUUGGAUUUGAUGUGGUUUAGUUCCAGCAGCCUAUAGACCAGGUUUGGAUCUGGUGUUAGACCUGGUUCAGACCUGGUUUAGUCUUCGUUUAGACCUAGUUUAGUCCUUGGUUUAGACAUGGUUUAGUUCUUGUAGCCCUGACCCAAUCACGCUGAGGCAGAGGCGCCCUCCUGUGGCCUGGAUCUGCCAGAGGUUUCUUCCUCAAAGGGAGUUUUUCCUCUCCACUGUCGCUCUGGAGGUUAAUGGGUCAGUUUUAGACCAGGUUUAGAUCUGGUAUAGACUUGUAUACUAUAGACUACGGAAAAGGGAAAGAUAAACCUGAAGACUGGAAC